CGUGAGGUUGCAGUGAUGCCCGAGCCGGCCAAGUCCGCCCCUGCGCCCAAGAAGGGCUCCAAGAAGGCGGUGACCAAGACUCAGAAGAAAGGUGACAAGAAGCGUAAGAAGAGCCGUAAGGAGAGCUACUCCAUCUACGUUUACAAGGUGCUGAAGCAGGUGCACCCCGACACGGGCAUCUCGUCCAAGGCCAUGGGCAUCAUGAACUCCUUCGUCAACGACAUCUUCGAGCGCAUCGCCGGCGAGGCGUCGCGCCUGGCGCACUACAACAAGCGCUCCACCAUCACGUCGCGGGAGAUCCAGACGGCCGUGCGGCUGCUGCUGCCCGGCGAGCUGGCCAAGCACGCCGUGUCCGAGGGCACCAAGGCUGUCACCAAGUACACCAGCUCCAAGUAGGCGAUCUCCGUUCUUUCAAACACUUGACCCAAAGGCUCUUUUAAGAGCCACCCACCUUUUCAGUAAA